AAAAAAAGUAUUCGAUGCAUAAAAACGCACUUAGAUAAGAAUAGUAAAAAGGAACUAAUAACUGUCAAACGACGAAGACGCGACGUCGAUCUUUCUCGAAGAUGAGAGUAAUGUAUCCUCUGAAGUGAGCUUGAAAUAACCGAUGCGCACGGUUAGGUUAUUUCGCGUGUGAGAGAGAGAGAGAGAGAGAGAGAGAAGCAACUUCCAAGGCUCCAUCGCUUCGGGAAUUAAAAUGUUACGUAAGCGAAGUUGCAGCUUUAUCAGAAGUCCCAUUGCAGUAACAAAGGAGUUUACGAAUUUAUUACCAGAGAAAAAGUAUGAACUCGGGAGACCCUUCUUUCUCGAUUUUAUUAUGAUAUAAUACACGUCGAGAUACGUACACCUGUGGUCAUUAAAUGACGUUAGCGAAGCGUAUGUGUGCAUCACACAUGGAUAGUUACGUACAUACAUAAAUAUUUAGCUUCUACGCGUGACCAAGUUUCUUUAUCAGUCAUACGUUAUCAUUACCCUACGGUAACAAUGGUUAUAUCGUGUGACAGUAACGUUCGUGUUUAGCGAACAUAUACGGUAAGUCAAUUAUUUCAAUAUUUUUUCUCCUUCCUAUGAUUAUUUUGUAAAUAAUGAAAAUGUAUGAAGUACGCGUCAACGCGUUGAACGUGAUUUGUGAUUCUUGGUAAACAGAUACACACGCGCGUACGUAUAUGUUUAUUUAUUAAUCAUCAUUAUUUUCACGGUACGUUUCACGAUUAAAUCCGGAUAUCGUUUGUUCUUUUAUUUUUAUUAAUAUACGCGUGGAUAGGUUUUUCAAAAUACGCGGGGAAAGAAUGUACGCGUCAGAGCGUGAGCUGUCAGUCUUUUGUUUUCUGUAUACUGUGACCGUAACAGCACGUGCCGCUGGUUCGUUUAUCGAAGGAAAACGUUUCUUUUUUUUUUCAUAUGCAAUAAAAUAAACCGGUGUCGUUACGUUUUAUCCGCCGAUCUAACAGGUUAUGUGUUCAGAAUUCGCUUAAAGAGGAGGAAGCAAACAAUAUAUGUACGUACGUACGUAUGUUUUAUAUAUAUAUACACAUAUAUAUACAUAAAAGUACACGUGCGUUAAGCAAGGUUAGAAAUCUUUGUUUAUCCACGUGCGACGAUACGGAUAAACGUAUCUAAAUAUGAACUCCGUUUGCAUUGAGAUGUUGUCAGAGGACAAUUACGAUACUUGGAAAACGCAAAUGGAGGCGUUAUUGAUAAGAAACGAGAGGUGGGAAUAUGUCAGUGGUAAAAAGAGAAAACCCGAAAUCGAUACAUCGUCUAAAGCUGCUCAAGAGGAAUGGUCAAUCGGUGACCAAAAGGCCAAAGCGGAUUUAAUUCUGUCCAUUAGUCCGUCUGUGCUCGAACAUAUUGGAGGAUGCGAGACGGCAAGAGACGUAUGGUUAAAGUUAGAGUCCAUCGAUACGUCUACAAGACCAUCGAGGAAAACUUCUCUGUUAAAACAAUUGACGUUGCAUCGCAUGAAAGAUGACGACGAUAUUAGAGAUUACAUGUCAAAAUUCUUUGACACAGUAAGCAAGUUGGAAGCAAUGAACGUAGGAAUAAAUAAGGAUUUGCUAGCAAUCGUGCUCUUGUAUAGUCUUCCUGAAAGUUAUGAGAAUAUUAAAUGCGCCAUUGAAUUGAGCGACCAGCUUCCUAAUCUAGAUACUCUCAAGGUGAAGAUACUGGAAGAAAACGACGCUCGUACGCAAGGAAAUAAGUCUAAGGUUUAUGGGACAAUGCCUGCUAGACGUGCUCAGUGGAAAUCUAAAAAACAAAAGGCUGAUAGAGAUGAAAAGGACUCGCACGAGCAAAAUAACUCUAAUGUCAAAUGCUCUCGUUGUCGUAAGAUGGGUCAUAGAGUACCAGAGUGCAGUACAAAAGCAGAUAAAGGCAAAAAUGAAGAAGACGAGUAAAUUAAUAUCUUGGAUUCCUUCAUAUAGAUGGCAAAAGAGAACCGAAUAAUGGCGACUCGAGUCCUUGACUGUUCUUAGAAGGCAGUUUUAUAUCCUAUUGUCUUUACGAAAAAAGAGAAUGCUUUAGAAAAAUUAUGAAACCACCAAGUAAAAGGAUAAGCCUAGCUAGCUCGGCAUGUACCAGAAUCGAACGAAAUGGAAUUGUCGGAAUCUUAGCGGACGAUCGAUAUAACCAUAGAUCGGUUGAAUUCAAAGAUAUUCCACUUGUCCUAGAUUUAAAAGUAAAUUUGGUCUCGGCGUCCAAAAUUAUGGAUCAAGGCUAUGAGGCAAGGUUUAGACAAAGAGAAAACGUAGAUGCCAAAAAUGCCGUGUCUCGAUAGUACUUGGAAGUGCAGCUACGAUCGGUUUCGAGACUCGAAAGAAUUAAAAUCGGAUGAUUUUUUAAAAAAUAAUUCUUUUGUUAUUUUUCUUUACAUUUUCAAUAUAAAAUAAACUAAUUUGUUCGUAUAUAAGAAAAGGAAAAGAACGCCAGAUUCCUUUCAAUCGAGAAUAUAUAGCAAAUUUAUCCAUAAAACUUGCAAGCCAUUUAUUUUAAAUGCAUGAAUAAGAAUCUAUCCUCUUUUGCGAAUUAGAAACUCAAAAGUAUCUAUUACAAUGUUGAGAUCAGAACUAUAAUAAAAUAUAAACAAAGCUCGAUAAUUAAAUUCUUCGAUAUCAUAAAUGAAAUAAUUCAAAUUACUAGAGACAAACAUAUAGAUAAAAAUACUAGAUAAAAACGCGUAUGAAACUACGUUGUAGCUUUUUAAAUAGAAAUAAGAUAAUCGGACAUUCUUUUUAUGUUUUUGCGGAUAAUUAUGAUAAUUAUUAUAAUCGUUAUAUAAUUAUAAUAAUAACCUUAUCGGAUAAAUAUAUAUGUAUAUACAUAUAUGUGUGUGUAUGUAUAUGCGCAUACCACAUUAUAUACGUAUAUAUGUUUGCUGGGGACCCUUUGCUAACCCCACCACCAACCCUCUAAAACAAACCCCUCGUUCUCCUUAGUUAUCCUUUUUCCGAAAAUUUGCCUUGCAAAUCGCUCAAGAAUCUAAUCUCCGCUCUGAAAAACCUCCUGUUUAACUACCAUCUAAAAUAAGCUAUAUAAUAUGAGCUAUAUAUAAGUCUCGACAUAUUAAUUACCGAGUUAUUCGUUGUAUUUACAAAUGAACUCGUACUGCGUCUUGAUUAUUGCUAAUGGGACGUGAUAUUGAUAAGUAAGCAUUUAUUUCUCUUAAAUAUUAUACAAAAAUAAAAAAUUGCGCCGACGGAUCUAAUAAUCGAUAUAUAUCACACGUAUAUAUUCGAUUACUAUUGAAAACAUUUUUGUCAAAACGAUCUAUAUAUAUAUAUAAACAAAUUUUUCUUUCACGGUUAAUCGUGCGUUACGUUGUUCAUUGUAAUAACUUUGAUAGGUAUAAGAAAGGAAAAGAUUACAUCUCGGAGAACUGGGGCUGGCGGUUGGAGGUUGGGGUGAAGGUGAGGGUGAGGGUGGCAAGUUCGGUGAGAUCUUGCCUCCGGGUACCACUAACUGUAUAAUAUCGAGACGCAAUACAGUGCGGAUCGGAGAGUAGUAGUGGCUCUCGAGGAUGACGAGUACAUGAGCUGUCUACCCCAAUGCGAUCUUCUUUAUCGAGGGCUUCCUCCUCUGUGCUUUUUUCGGGCUACGUUCGAUUACACCCUCGAGGUGUACCUACGCUACUGCUAACAGGCAGAACAGCUUUGCUCCUCAUCUAAAUGGAAAACCGAGUUCUUUGCCGAUCACGUACAUAUACGCGAAAGUAUCUCUCUCUAUUUCUCUCUCUCUCUCUCUAUAUAUAUAUAUAUGUAUGUAUAUGUAUUCCUCUCUUCUUCAUUUUCUUUUUAGGCACGACCGCAGGGAGUUUCCUUAUGCAAUCACCAUCGUGAAAAGCGUUGGUCUUGAUAUUAACAUUUGAUAGAAAUAGAAUUUUUCAAUUUUCUUUGAAGUUCUUUACGAAUCACCAUGAUAGGUUUAUUUAAUGUGUUUCGUCUUUGUGCGUUUGCGUACGUGUUUUCUUCCGUUUGUGCGAUUGCAUAAAGUUUUUAUUUUUUUUUCUCUUUAAUAAAUUUCUUUAAUAAAUUUUUAAAUAAUUUUUUCUGUAAAUAACAUUUUUACAUUCAAAGUCAAUAAAACGAAAUUGCAACGAAAUGUUAGAAAUAACUUUUGUACAACGUGAAAAUGUUUCAUUGUAAAUUUCAAUCGGGUUAAGCCGAUUAUUUUCAAAAUAACGUCAAUUUGAUUACGAAUACUUUUUAUCUCAAAAAUCAACAAAUCGGCCGUAUUGAUUUCAUCGAAACUUUAAAAAUAACAUUUGCGAAACACGAAGAUGUAUCAUAUGGAGUUUCAAACAAAUAGACCAAUUAUUUUUGAAAUGGUGUCAAUUAUAAAAAAACAAAAAAGAGAAAGAAAAAAAGAAAGUCAAUCGAAAUUUCGUUCGAACAUUUCCUUCGAAUAUCAAACAAAUCAUUUUGAUAGUCUGGACAAAUAUUCUCGAUCGUAAUAUUAAAAUGUUACGUGAAAUAUUUCGCGUACACGCACUUUGCGUCUAACGCAUUAAAUCGAGUUAUUAUGGAUGUAAAGAGAAAGGAAAGAAUCAAAUACGAUGACGGAACAACUCUGUAAAAAGGAUCUCCCAUAUUUGAAAGGCGAGAGAGAGAUAGAGUCGGGGGCUUCUAAAGCAGACUUGUCUAAAGGACUUUUCCUUCGUUCCUCCACUUUCUUCGACCUUAUUCAUCCUCUUAACGUUUUACCUUCCCAUCGAAGCUCCGUUGUCGUCCGUCCGUCCGUUCGGUCGUUUGUUCUUUCUUCUAUCCAAGGGUAAAGGAUCCAAAGGGGAGGUAAAACUUUCUGAAAGAUAACGAGAGACGUGUGUGUAAUAUUCCGAGAAACUAGCGUGUACCUUUAUAACGAACCGAAUAGACAAGAACGAGGAUAAGGACGACGACAAGGAGUAAGGUUAGAAAGAGGAAGAAGAACGAGGACGAAGACGAGGACGGGGACGAGCAUAAGGACGAGAACGAGGAGGGUAAGCAAGAGGGCUUAACUUUACGGUCGAGUCGGAUAAAGUACGUAUAUUAACGUCACGAGACCAUACCAGAAAGCCCUUUGUGAAUACACGUCGCAUUGUGUUACGGAAAAUCGUAUUAUUACGUUGAGACGCUCGUUUCGUCGUACAAUUGUCUUUUUUGUUUGUAUAAAAAAAAGAUGGAAAAAAAUAGAAUACGUAUGGAACGUUUGAGCUUAGACGCGAAAAUUUUUAAUCGACUGAUCGAGAGAUCGUAAAACGCAGAGUACGGCGUGCAGGACACUUCUUUUUCUUCUUUCUUAUUUUUUUUUUCUUUUUUUUGUUAAAAUAGCCGAUAUUGGAAAGAUCGGAGAAAUGGGAAAGAGGGAAACUUGGAGAUACUUUAAUUAUUAUAUAUACCUGUGUAUUAUAAUAAUAAUAUAUCAAUGUACGAUAUAUAAAUAUCUAAUUUUUAAUCUUGGAUAAAACGAUAAAUUAGUAAAUUAAGACGCACGAAGUUUCGUUAACAUUUUCUUCAAUAUUUCCGACAGCUUCGCAGCGAAGAAACGAAAAAAUGCUUAAACUCUAAAAACUAUUUAACCUCUUUAAAUUAAAAACUGUUGGCUAAGCAAAAAGUUUGUAGAUACGUAUCGAAAAAAAAUUUCAAAUAUUUAUUUUUGAUCCUAGUGCGAGACUUGCGACGUUCUUGUUUCUUCUAAGCUUUUCCUCUUUUUUUCUUUCUUUUCUUUUUUUUUUUGUGUUUGUUUCAGUAAUAAUCGGAUCAUGACAAAGCGAACGCCGUGUAUGUCCGAAGCUUAAAAAUAUUUGAGAGCUUUUAGUUCUCUUUCCUGUUAACUCACUUUAUAUAAGGAAACUCGUAAAAUUACAUUUUUUUUAUUUAUUAAAAUCGAACGAAACGAAGGUUAUCAUUUACCGAAUAAAAAAUUUCAAUAUAUUUUUUAUGUAAACUUCAAUCAGCUGCGAGAUAUUUUUAUGGAUAUUUAUGAAUGGACACCCCGUAUAUAUUAUUGAUUUUAUUUAGUUCAUCGAUUACUUUUUUUUUAUAUUGAGAUUAAAAUCGGACAAAACCGAGACGCACGUUGAUACGAUAAAAUCCCAUUAAUACCUACAGACAUGUGAGUAGAUACAUAAAGGAAUAUUUAAUAUGGCUGCUCAUUGUUGAUAUAAAUGCGGAACGAAAAUGUCCGAGUAGAUAAUCAUUUGAAAUCUAUGCUUGUCGUAUUAAAUGAUAUCGCUGUCGCGCAAAGCAAACGUACAUGUACAAACGUACAUAUCAUACGUGUGUGGGUGUGUGCACGCGCGCUCGUGUACAUAACUAUGCAUGCAUCGCGUUCGUAAACCGCACAUUCGCAUUCCCAUAAUUUUUCCUACACUCCGAAAUUUUACGUACUCGUAAAAUUCGAAAAGCUCGUUGCUUACGCGUAGUGCCAACUAAAUAGUUCGUACAUACAUAUAUGCAUACGAACAUACAUACGUAUUUUCGGUAUGAUACAUACAGGGUGGACCAAAAUGUUCUGAGAUGAUUUAAAAUUCGUUUAAAAUCAUUACUGCGUUGAAAUAAUGCGACUUUCCGUCCUGAUUUUUUUUUUUCACAAUCGAAAAUAGUGAAAGUAUUUUGAGAUGUUAAUAAUUAUUGGUUCACCCUGUAUAUACGUCUAUACAUAUGCGUACGUGUAUGUACGUACAUCUCGAAACGUAACGGAAAUGACCAUAAACAGAAAAAAGUAAAGAAAUAAAAAAAAAAAAGAAAUAAAAAUAAAAACUGGAGAGAAAGCAACAGCAAAAUUUAAUAUAGUUAAAACUCGCGGCAUACUGCCUUGGUUAUUGCGAACAAGUAACACAUUUAUUACAUAUACCUAUAUGUACUUUAACGUAGCUGAUAACUUUGCAUACGAGGUACGUAGUAAUAUGAUUUGAGAGAAUUUUGUUUUAUAAUUUUUUUUUAUUUCUCUCUGCUUAUUCUUUUUUCUUACAUGCGUGUAUAUACACGCGCACACAUAUAUAAACAUAUAUUUUCUUUUUAUAUCCCUUGAUCAAGAACCACCGUUGCAUUCGCAUUUCGCGAAUUUUGUCGAAAGUUGGUAUUGCACUUUUUUUUCGUUCGUAUAAAUUUUUAAUAAUGUUUUUUACGAAACGCUUUGGGACGUCGCGAUUGGUCGAAGCAAGGUAUAUCGUAAAACGAGAUAGAUACUCGACACAUUUUACGAGAUCACUGAGUUAUCUUUGUUCAUGUUUUCGUCCUUUUGAUCUAAUUAAUUCGACGAUUUUUAUGCGUCUGUCAACACCGUUCGUUUGCUUCGAAUGAAAUCUAUUCGUAGAUUCAAUUGAUUAUUAAAUAAAGAUGAUUAAUUACGUGCAAAAACUGAAGUUAACGAGUCGUCUCGUGUUUAUAUUAAAAAAAAAAAAAUAAAUAAAAAAGAAAAGUCAAUAGCGGAAAGUCGGAGCGGAGUUGAAAAAAAAAAUAUACGAUAGCGACCACUGCAAUGAAUAUUCCCGAAUCAAGCGAUAAACCGCAAACAUUAUUCCACUUCCUUCUUCUAACCAAGCAACGUAAUUGCUGCGAUCAAUUAACACGCGAUUAACAACAUUCCGGUGUCGAGCGAAAUGGCGGGCUCGUUAACCGCACGCGAGCCACGUGCGUGUGUCCCCUACAAAUAUGGUUUUUUCUCUUUCUGCUGCUUUUUCCUUUCUUCUUCUUCUUCUUCUCCUUCUUUACGUUCGAUUAAAACG